GAUGUGGGUUUUGUGGCUGAACUCGAUGGUGGGGUAGGAAACCAGAAUCGGGGCUGGGUAGGGUGGCGUUUACACGUCCAGGAAGGUCUAGGGGAGCUGAGCGGCUGAGACAGCCAGAGAAAGACCUGGGAAUGGGCGAGGCAGGGGGUCCCGAAGUCCUGCUAGGCGGCCGAGCCCCUCUGGGGCGCCCGGGAUUGGGCGCUCCCCGGAGCCCCUCUCCUCAGGCCCCGCCCACAGCGCCGGGCGCGCGCCGAGCCGCGGGGAGGGGGACCUGGCCGGCGCGGGGGAGGGGGAGAGGGAGGCUCGUGCACGCGCAUCACUGACUGUGGGUGCGCGAGCCGCGCGUUCCCGCCGCCCGCGUCGCCAUCUUUUUCCCUCUCUGUCUGUCUGUCUGCCGUUGGCUUUGUCCGUCUGCAGCGCCGCCCCUCGACUCCCCGCCACCGGCUCGGCCCGGAUCCCCUUCCGCUCGCUGGGGCCCAGUCCCGGAGCGCCCCGGCCCGGCUGGCUUGGGCUGCGGUCCCGGGUCCAUUGUCCGGCGGUCCGUCUGUCCGGAGGCGGGGCCCAGGGACCCAGAGCGCAGCGCAGCGCCGAGGCGCCGGAUACAGAUCACUUGGAUUCAGUCGAGUUUGCUUUGCUUCGUGGGAACUGCACCAGAGCUGGAGGUUAGCAUCUUGCAAGGAGGUAGUAACAUAUCCAGUCGUGAAACUGGGAAAGACCAGAGCUCUUGCAUCAGGGAAACAUGUCCCGUCGGAAACAGACGAAUCCAAAUAAAGUUCACUGGGACCAAGUAUUUGCUGGGCUAGAAGAGCAAGCCCGCCAGGCGAUGAUGAAAACUGAUUUUCCUGGAGACCUUGGCAGUCAGCGACAAGCUAUCCAACAACUAAGAGAUCAGGACUCCAGUAGCAGUGACAGUGAGGGUGAUGAAGAGGAGACCACACAAGAUGAAGUCUCUUCCCACACAUCAGAGGAAGAUGGAGGGGUGGUCAAAGUGGAGAAAGAGUUAGAAAAUACACAACAGCCUGUUGGUGGGAACGAAGUGGUAGAGCACGAGGUCACAGGGAAUUUGAAUUCUGACCCCUUGCUUGAACUCUGCCAGUGUCCCCUCUGCCAGCUAGACUGCGGGAGCCGGGAGCAGUUGAUCGCUCAUGUGUACCAGCACACUGCAGCAGUGGUGAGCGCCAAGAGCUACAUGUGUCCUGUCUGUGGCCGGGCCCUUAGCUCCCCGGGGUCAUUGGGUCGCCACCUCUUAAUCCACUCGGAGGACCAGCGUUCUAACUGUGCUGUGUGUGGAGCCCGGUUCACCAGCCAUGCCACUUUUAACAGUGAGAAACUUCCUGAAGUACUCAAUAUGGAAUCCCUACCCACAGUCCACAAUGAAGGCCCCUCCAGUGCUGAGGGAAAGGACAUUGCCUUUAGUCCUCCAGUAUACCCUGCUGGAAUUUUGCUUGUGUGCAACAACUGUGCUGCCUACCGUAAACUGCUGGAAGCCCAGACUCCCAGUGUACGCAAGUGGGCCCUACGUCGACAGAAUGAGCCUUUGGAAGUACGACUGCAGCGGCUGGAACGAGAGCGCACGGCCAAGAAGAGCCGGCGGGACAAUGAGACCCCCGAGGAGCGGGAGGUGAGGCGCAUGAGGGACCGUGAAGCCAAGCGCUUGCAGCGCAUGCAGGAGACAGAUGAGCAGCGGGCACGCCGGCUGCAGCGGGAUCGGGAGGCCAUGAGGCUGAAGCGGGCCAACGAAACCCCGGAAAAGCGGCAGGCCCGGCUCAUCCGAGAGCGAGAGGCCAAGCGGCUCAAGAGGAGACUGGAGAAAAUGGACAUGAUGUUGCGAGCUCAGUUUGGCCAGGACCCUUCUGCCAUGGCAGCCUUAGCAGCUGAAAUGAACUUCUUCCAGUUGCCUGUAAGUGGGGUGGAGUUGGACAGCCAACUUCUGGGCAAGAUGGCCUUUGAAGAGCAGAACAGCAGCUCUCUGCACUGAACCACACCCUCCUGCCUGCCCUCCUCCCCACCUACCUACCCCCCCCACCCACACCCACAGCCACGAGGACCAGUGCUGCUGCCACCCACGAGGCCCUGUCCUUGCUGCCAGAGGCAGGCCUGGGUUUGUUGCAGGUGGACCUGAGCGGCCCUUGCAUGUGGGAGCAGGAUGACAGGGUCAGGAGGGACCUGGCCCAAGGCAGCUCUGGACAAGGGAGCAGGCAGUCCAGAGAACUGGCCUCCCCAGCCCACUGCCACAGGCCGUGCUUCUAGGACUGUGGGGCUCCUGUAUGGCCCAUGAAGUUGUGAGGUCAAAUAAAUUAAUUUUAUCUUUACUGCC